AUGUGUAUAUCAAAGAUAGAUGACCUAUCAUCAUGUUCCAAUCUAUUGGAUGGUGUUGUUGAUUCAUCUUCUCCCUCCUACGAUUCACUGCUCAAGGAGAAGGAUGAUUCAAACGUCAAGGUUGUGUUGGCGGGUCCGACCCAAUCUGGAAAGUCUAUGUUGAUCAAUGUACUUCUCUCUAUGCAUAUCUUGCCAACAGGAACAGAGAAUGUAACAUCAAGGAUAUGCAUAUUAAGAAACUCGCCAACGAUUUGUAUCAAGUUAUUCAGGGUAGUUACUCAACAAGACAAUGGGACCAGCUACUUGGAAUGCUUGGACGAUGAGACAAUCACCUUUGAGUCGAGCGAUUUGAAUCUGGAGCCAAUAAGAAUGCAGUUGAGGACCUGCUUGGACAUGCAUUUGGUCUGGAAAUGGACCACUGCAGAUAGUACAGCGUCAUUCAAAGAGUGGACCAACAAGGUUGUGAUGUUGGAGUUCCCUUCGCCCCUGCUCGAGACUGGCCUGGAGAUCAUCGAUCUACCUGGCUUCAGCCCUACCAACAAUACAACAAUCUCCCCUAUCUACAAGGACUUCUUCCAAGCAUACCAGCCAACUGGUAUCAUGUACUGCUACCCCAACUCAUCAAGGAUGGAUGGACUCACAGACUUGAUAAGCUCAUUGCCAACGGACUGCACGGCCAGGAAGUCGAUAUUCAUUGCACACACCAUGGUAUCAUGGCAUGAGGUACAGACGAUGAACAAUAUACAGCCUGGCGAGGGUGUAUCGCUCGAGUGGAUCGAUAGACAUUCACACCAAUGCUACUUGAAACAGGACAACUCGACACAUGGCGGCAGCCCGCAGACCUUUGCUCUUGUCAACUCAUUGGACUUUGUCAUGCAACCAAAGACAAAUGAGACCAGGUACAUCUUCCAGCAGUUCAUCAACAAACUUAUCAAAUGGAUUGCCAGGCUCUAUCGGACAAGGGGAGACAUCAACCUGAGCUUGGUUGAGAAGGAGUGUAAUCGCAUGGCCACAAAAAUUCAAACGACUCAGUCUAUCCUCACCAACAUUGAGGACUACAGCAAGGUGAUUGAAGACUCUGCCCACACAUUGGCCAGCAUUGAAUCGGAGAUCAGUGGAUCAUUGUGCUCGGUCAUUGAAACCAUUCCUACAUUGAUCAAACAAGUCUUUGCAACCAAGCUAAUGACUUUGAUCAACGAAUCGGUAUCACUUGAAACAGUGGAGUACAUCAAAGACGAGGUGCUACACUUUGCAAUCAAUCAGUUGGAGGCCGAUGUGGCCAGUUCAAUUGGAACAUUUCCCAACACAAUCCUUGAGCAAGGUGACUCUAUUGUGAGCAUUUUGAUGAAGUACACCAAGAAGGUGUUGGAGCACACGAUGAGGACACCCAUUGCCACACUCCUAUCAAAAGAUAUAUCAUCAGCCAUCUACACCUAUCUCUUGGAAGGAUUCCUGACCUUCUUUACAACAACGCCAACCCCCGCCGUGGAGCAUAACGGAGCAGCCGACCUCAUGACAUUCGUCGAUCUCUAUCCAGAAUCAAUCAAUAUCAAGAAGUUAGAGAUGGAGAUCGAACAGAUAGUCAUCCGCAAGUUCAACAUAUUCAAGUGCUACAACAUCUUGCAGAUCAAGGGAUUGGAGACUAGAUCACCAAACAUGUUGCCUAAUCUGAUGAGCACCUGUCUGGAGAGAUACAAUGCUCUUUACUUGGACACAUACAUACUCCACAGUAGAUUGUUCUAUCCAUUCGACUAUCCACUGGUCGACAAGUCCAAGGUGAUGACAGAGGACAGCACGGGAUUCUACCAUGGUACAAUCAAUGAUAAAGCAUUCUUUGUCAAGAUGGUCAACAGUAACAAUGAGGAUCAUGAUAUCAAACGUUCAUUGGCACAGCAAGUGAGAAUGAUGAGUACAACCUCAUCGCUUCCAAUGGCCCUAUCAUCAGUAUUCUAUCAAUAUGAUGCAUUGAAUGGUCAAUCUGAAUGGUUACUUUUGUUCAUUCAAGAUCAAGGCAACAACGACCCUAUCAACAACAACAUCAACAACAACAACAACACUACCAAAGAUUACAACACCGACCAUGGCAACACCGAAGAUAACAACACCGACAAAGGCAACACUGACAUUGGCAACACCGAAGAUAACAACUCCGUCAAUGGCAACACUGACGAUAGCAACACCAACGAAAACAACACUGGCUCGACUACUGCCAAUGAUGGAUCGUCCUCCACCAUAUCAAAGGAAGAAGAGCAGCAACGAUGCUCUGACUGA